UCAUACGCUCGAUCGUGAGGCAGUGCGUGCUCAUAAUUGGAAAAGGCAGAAAUCAACCCUCAGACUACAUCACAUUGAUUGACCAUGUCGAGUCCAAGGAUAUCGAGAAGGGUUACUGUUGUCGGUGGGGGAAUUGUAGGGUUGUCCACAGCAAUUAUCAUUCAGGAAAGCAUACCAAAUGUGCACGUCGAACUGGUUGAUGACUUCGGGUUAACGUCUACGCUGCUAGGGAGAUUAAUCCCAAAUUCUCUCACUGGAGCUACAAGCCAAUCGGUGAUCAGAAAUAGAUCAGCUGACAUUCAGAGUGUCUAUGCGGAUGGACGAUCAAUUGCUGCUGACGUCAUAAAAGAUGGUCUCAAUGUUGGAGCUGCUUCACUGUUAACCCAGGAACUUUCAAGCACGAUUUCAUUACCGAGGGCGUGGCCAUUGGAUGAUGACGUCAUAUGGAUGCCUCAUUCAAUUCCAGGUAUUGAUGACGACACUACCGAGAGGGGUGGAUAUCUCAGAUUCUGGGCAGUACUGACAUGGUAUCACUUAUAUGAAAUGACGCAGAAAAAAAGCUCGAUGAAAACAGGAGUACGUCUGGUUUCAAACUAUCAUCAGUAUCAAUGGACAAACAAAGGGGUAUCUGAUUGGUGGAAAGACUUGCUACCCGGUUACACAUGCCAUGAAGUCCCACAGCACGAUAACAAGAUGGAAUCCGGUUCGUUGUACAAGACAAGUUUUACGACAGCGAUGAUAAAUGUUCCUCGAUAUGUGCAAUACCUUACAGAAAGAUUUCUGAGGUGCGGUGGAAAAUUGACGAGAGGACACAUUUCAUCGAUAAAUGAGUUAUCAUGCCAAAUUGAGUUGGUCGUUAACUGUUCAGGUAUGAACACCAGUGCACUGAAUAAGAAAGAAGUAUUUCCUACUGACAAGGCCAAGCAUUCACCAGCAUCAAACUUCUUGGGUUAUAAUUACCUGCACUUAGAAUCAGAGACAGUCACACAUAAAGGACGUCCCCUACCGGUUGUCCACAACUAUGGAUAUGACAAAGAAGAAUUGAUAACUUUACAUUGGGGAUGUGGUCAAGAAGCAUGUAGACUAGUAAGUGAUAUCAUGGCAAGACGCUACAUUGGACUAACCUCAAAGCUGUGACAGGGUACAAUCAACAUAAUAAAAUGUUUUAUGAAAUUUGACAAGAGCCCAAAAUAAGAAGUGAACAUAGAUUAUUUAUGACAAUUUUUAUUUGGUUA